AUGUAUGAGCAAAAUAUCUCUUACGUCUAUCUCCUGGGAUUUCCAAAUCUUAACAACUUUAACAGUUUACUGUUCUUGUUCGUGCUCUUCACAUACUUUGUCACCAUAUGUGGUAACGUUAUUAUCAUUUUUCUAGUUUCAAUGAGCAACAGUCUCCACUCUCCUAUGUAUUACUUCAUCACAUUAAUAUCUUUACUGGAUAUCCUGAUGACCACGGACAUUGUCCCUAACUUGUUGCACAUUGUCCUGCAUGGUGGUGGCUCCAUGUCUCUUGCUGCCUGUAUAGCACAGUUGUAUGUAUUUGCUAAUAUAGAGACAUCAGAAUGUCUAUUUCUCAUGGUGAUGUCUUAUGACCGAUAUGUGGCUAUCUGUAACCCACUGAGAUAUAACGCUAUAAUCAACAAAGCAUUUUGUGUGAAAUCUGUCAUUGCAUCAUGGUCACUAAGUUUCUUGUUGAUGUUAAUAAGUGAAGUAUAUAUUUGUAAAUUAGACUUCUGUGGACCAAACGUGAUUGACCAUUUCUUCUGUGAUUUUCAUCCUGUUCUAGAGCUUUCUUGUUCAGAUACUUCACUUAUUCAAAUCCAAGUAUCUUUAUCUGGUAUUGUUUUUGUCAUCUGUCCAUUCACAGCGAUUAUUGUGUCUUAUGUUUUUAUCAUCACCACCAUCCUAAACAUCCGCUCCAACAGUGGGAGACAGAAAGCCUUCUCCACCUGCAGCUCCCACCUGACUGUUGUGUGUAUAUUUUUUGGCACUCUCCUUUCUGUGUAUAUGGUUCCAAACAAAGGACUUAAUUUGGGUGCCAGCAAGGUAUUAUCUCUGCUUUAUACUGUGGUGACACCACUGCUUAAUCCAUUCAUAUACAGUCUGAGGAACAAAGACUUCAAGGGAGCUUUUGAAAAAAAUAUAUAUAAUUUUAAUUAG